GGCCCCUUUCCUUUUUAAUGUGCGCACCUCGGUAUAUUCUAGAAAACUCAUGGGCCUCUCUUCUUCCUGCUAAAAGUACGCACGCUCUGCGCACUCUAGAAACUCCCUUUCCCCUCAAAUCUCUCUCCAUGAGAGGAAUAUGGUUCUCCUCGUCCAUUUCUUCCACCAUCACCACCGUCCAAAACACCAUCAAAAAUGACCAAAACACCCCUCCAUCCGAGAAAAAAACCAUCCGAAUCCCCAUCGACGCUUCCCCUUCCGAAAACCGCAUCCCAGUCCCCGUCCAACUCCCUCCAUCCCUCCAGUCCGUCGCGGCGACCCGGAUCCAGUCCGCCUAUCGCUCCCACCGCAUCCGCGCCCUCAUCCGCUUGAUCUCCGCCGUCGAUUCCGAAGUCAGCCGCUACGAGCUCCUCAUCAGGCGGCAGGACACCGUCGACGCCGUCCGCCGCGACGGACGCGAGCGUCUGCGGCUGAACGAGUGCCUGAUGUCGCUGCUGCUGCGGCUGGAUUCCGUGCCGGGGAUCGAUCCGUCCGUUCGCGAGCUCCGGAGGCGCACCAGCCAUCGGAUCGUCGCGUUGCAGGAGGUGCUGGACGCGGUGGCGGAGGAACGAGUCGACGACUGGGCCAGGUUCCCGCCGAGUUGGGACGAGAUCGUGUCGGGAAUAAGAGGAGAGUGGGAUGGAGACGGAGGGGAAGAUGACUCUGAGAGCCUUUGCAGAGAGAGAAUGGAGUGUUGGUUUGGGGGGUGGAAAUGUAAAUACGGAGUAAAUUGAAGGGCAUAGAUGUAGAGGAGGAUAACCUUGCAUGAAAUAUACUACAUGUGAGACCAUAGUAGUGUACGUGAGAUAAACAUAUAUGUUAAUUAGUGGUCCACCAAUAGAGUAACAUUUUUCCCGUUCAGCCCUUGAUGACAACAAAUUAUUAUUAUUUUUAAAAUC